AUGCCUCAUGUAUUAGAAGAUUUAAGGAGAGUUUUUCCAAAAAAGUCUCUACUACUCCAAACCUAUAUGUUAGGUUGUUUCUACUUAAUACAUUAACAAUUGAAUUGUGAUGAAAAGAAGAAAGAGAAACAGACAAUGCCAAUAUGGAGAUCAAAAUUAAUUGAAAAUCAGCACUAGCGACAUUUGAAAUAAUUUUAAUUGAAAAUCUUAAUUGAUUAGCAAAUACCACUCAAACCUCAACUCAAAUCAUCAUAUGGCUUGAUGGAAUUUAGAACACCGUAAUUUGUUGGGUUUCCAAACUUGGAGUAGCCAAAUUCAACAUCAUAAGUGCAUACUUUAUAAAUUGACUCAAAGCAAAUUCAGAAUUUCAGUUUGGAUGACUUAUCAACUAUAGAAAGUGAAUUUGUCCCAGAUUUGAAGACAGAUUUACAAAUACAGAAAUCUGUGGACAUGACAUAAAGUUGUAUUUUUUGA